AUGGAUGAUAGAGUUGUAUUGAAGAUUUAUUACUACGGACAGAUCUUAUUACAAACAUAUGAGGGAGUUCAAUUUGUGUGUGAAAAUCCAUUAGAUGUUGUUAUUCCGUUCACGUUGUCAUUUGAGGAGUUGAAAGGUGUGAUUUGUGAGAAGAUAGGCACGCAAAGAUGUAGGAGAAUAUCGUGUAUUUUGUACAGGUAUCCUUUACCUGUGUUUGGCGGGUUUGUUCAAUUUCAAACCAAGUAUGUGAUGGACGAAGCGAGUAUGCAGGAAAUAUUUUCAAUGUACAUGAAAAAUCGCCACCGAAUAUCGUGCAUCGAGUUAUAUAUUGAGUUUGAGCAAUCUGAAGCAGACUGUAACAUUGAGUUGGAAGAUUAUAAUAGUGAAAGCGAAGAUGAAUUUGAAAGUAACUAUGAGAUCGUCGGUCCAGGUGAGGACGAAGAAGCAGCUGUUGGCGCCAUGAACGCAGAUGUGGCGGAAGUUGCGAAUGCACUAGCAAACCCGCAUCCGUUUCAAGAGCCUUCUUUCAUGCGGUCAUUGGAUUUGGGGGCUAUGCACGCACCGGAGUUUCCGCAAUAUAUGAAUACAGAUGGAAUAGAGAAAAAUAAGACUAUAACGAUCUUACCUAGUAAAAAGUACUGUUGGGAGAUAAGGAGGUACAAUGGAAGUCAUACUUGUACCAGGUCUACUAUUUCUCAAGACCAUUCGAAGCUGGAUUCCAAGACAGUUGCAGAAGCAAUAAAGCCGUUGGUAGAGGUUGACCCGUCUAUAAAGGUAAAAUCUGUAAUUGCUGAUAUCCAGUCAAAGUUUAACUACACCAUCAGUUAUCGCAAGGCUUGGUUAGCAAAGCAGCAGGCGGUCGAAUCAAUUUUUGGAAGUUGGGAAGCAUCGUAUGAAGCUUUGCCGAUAUGGUUUGAGGCCAUGUGCCACAAAGAGCCAUCAGCAGUGGUUCACUUUGAAACAAUGCCAGCUUACCAGGGGGAUGAUUUGGUUCCUGAUAUACGUGUUCUACAUAGAGUCUUCUGGAGUUAUUACCCCUGUAUAAGGGCCUUCAGACACUGCAAGCCAGUGGUGCAGGUGGACGGGACUCAUUUGUAUGGAAAAUACAAGGGUUGUUUAUUGGUUGCAGUGUCACAAGAUGGUAAUAACAACAUCGUGCCUAUUGCAUUUGCCAUAGUGGAGGGAGAGACUUCUGAUGCAUGGCACUUUUUUCUGAGCAACCUGCGUCAACAUGUGGUGACCCGUGAUGGUGUCGGACUAAUCUCCGAUCGACACGAUUCGAUUAGGUCAGCUUUUGAACGAAGUAAUGGGGCGUGGUCUCCUCCAAGAGCUUUCCAUAUGUUUUGUAUCAGGCAUAUUGAGUCCAACUUCUUGAGGAAGUUCAAAGCACCUUACCUGCAGAAGCUUAUCGUCAACAUUGGAUAUUCAAGGACGACCAGGGAGUACCAGAUGCGCUAUGAACGAUUAAAGGAACGGGGUGAGGCUUACACCAAUUGGCUUCAUCGGAUCCCUCGUGAGCAGUAUGCUUUGGCAUUUGAUGGUGGUUACCGAUGGGGUCAUAUGACCACCAAUCUUGUGGAAUGUAUCAACUCCGUCUUAAAGGGUGCACGCAAUCUCCCAGUCACUGCACUUGUUAAGGUGACAUUUUACAGGCUGAAUGAGUUGUUCACUAGGAAAAGAGCUGAAGCUGAAGCCCAAAUCAGUGCUGGACUUGUGUUCUCUGAGAUGGUGACAAUCAAGCUGCAUGCAAAUCAACGAGCAUCAGGUAACAUACAUGUUAGCUGCUUUGAUAGAGAAAAUUAA